CAUCAGCACCUUAACACAAUGGAGUAGCCAAGUAUAUAAACUGCACUUGAUGAGCAUGCCAUAGAGAAUUUCCAGUCAGCAGUACAUAUAGCUAGAGACCAAUGGAAUUCUGCACAUGAUAUUGCACUGCAUGAAAGCAAAAGAAAUAAUUUCAGUCAUUCCAAUGUCCAUGUCCUUGGUUAGACAGCGAGGACAAGGACCACGACGAGGUGAAAAAAAAAGCAUUUGUUAUAGAGAAAAUAGGGCUUCGGUGAUUGUCCGUUUAAGACCAAUCUGGAAAAUUCCAACGACAGAAUUCAAGAGACAGGCUCAUUUUAUCAUAAAUUGACUGUUUUUAUGCAAAAAAGUUGAUAUCGAUAAACUUGUUUAGAACGGCAUUUAUUUUAUUGCUCCGUCUGUUAACAUGUUUCUCAUUCUGGGUUUUAAGAUUGCGAAGAUUCUCGUUCCGGGGCUUAAAGAUUCCGGAGAUUCUCAUUCCUGGUUUUAAAGAUUCCGGAGAUUCUCAUUCCGGCUUUUAAAGAUUCCGGAGAUUCUCGUUCCCCGUUCCCCGAUUCCCGGUUGCUGGUUUUAAAGAUAGCCGUUCAUGACGUGCGUAUAAUGUUUUGGCAAAAUCUGUUGCUGCUACUCUGUUUUUUUCUGGCGUUUUAUGCUUGUGAUGCAGAAGAUUGUGAUGGAACAAUAAAAAGUGAAAGAAUACUAAAACCGAAAUUUAAAUACAUUCAUGUUAUGUCCGGAGAUCAGACGGCUAUCAACUGGACAUGGUGCGUCGCAGUGAACAGCUCAAUCACGGGCAUCAUCGUUUACAGAGUGACUCGUGUUAACUCACGGGUAUAUACGAAUCAUGUAGUAUUGUCAAUGGAUUUAAAGAAAAUAUAUUACCUCAAAGACAAUUCAAGACACGAGCUGUUGACUGUGAAGAAUAGUACAGGUUUUCAUAAUAAGGCAGUUUUUGUUAUCAACAACGUGAGCAAAUCAGAUGGUGGUGAAUACAGUUUACAUGUUCGAAGAGUUGGAUACAGUGAUCUCCAUAGUGAUGUCACGAUACUUGUCAAUACUGCUGAAAUUUUUCCGAACGCAUCGAGGAAGGAAGAAACAAAAGCGGUAUCUACCAAUAAUGAUACGGUUAAUCGGGCCAUGUAUCCAAAGCAAAAAGACCCGCAGUUCGGGGCGUUAUCAGGGGCCGCUGUAGCGAUUUCCAUUUUCAUUUUUAUCAUAAUUGUCACAAUUCUGGUGUGGAAGAUACGAGCAAGUCGCAGAGGAGUAACAUUUUCAUGUCCUCGUUUAACUUAUAGUCAUUCUAUCUUCGUGGGGAACUAUCUCGUAUCUAAGAACGUCGUAGAGAGAGGAGAAGAUAGAAAAUAUACAGAAGAUAGAAAAGGAUCGAGCACUUUCCCUAUUCGGUUUGGGGGAAGAGCUUUUGCGGAAACUUGGCUAAAUGUCAUUUCUUCGAAAGAAUACUGGCAUAUUUUUACAUGCUUACUUUCUGACGCUAGUCAUCGCCGUUUUUGGAAAACCAAAUCAAGACGUCCACAAUAUUACAUAUACCAGUCUUGGUUCAACAAAGACAGUAUGUCUGAAAGCAAUAAACUAUGAUAUUUGCGGUCAACAAGCGGGAAUGAAAUUCAGUUUUCAUGAGGAAUAUUCGGCUGACAACGAUGUUGGCAUUUUGCUAUACAAUAUACUGAUUGAUCCUGAUAAACACGUAACAAGAAAAAGAACAACCAAAUAUGGAUUCAGGAAUGUCACACAUGAACGCAAUUCAACUCACAUUUGCCUUCUUUUAAUUGAAAUGAACGCUUUGGCUGAUGGGAAAGUGUUUACGGUGGAUGAAAUGUGCGGAUUUGGCCAUGCACAGCUGCACAGCGAGGCCAGACAUUGGUUGAUGAUAACUCGAUUAUUUCCGACUACGCAGAGUUCAAUGAAGAAGAUUACAGGCACCUCAGUUUCAGCUACGAAGACGUCAAUGACGACGAUUACAAGCACCCCAGCUUUUGUAUUUAACAAUACGAAAUCUAUACCUGGUGGAAAUGGGAGAAAAGUGAAACAAUCAUCUGCGGGUGCUAUUGCUGGCAUAAUCGUGGCAAUUAUGAUAGUGCUGGUUUUAAUUGGAUUAGCAGCCUAUUGUUAUCAAAACAGUGCGAGAGUAAAAAAUUGGUUCGUACGAAAAGGCUUUAAAAUCAACACGGAAUAAAAAUCCUGCGGACCAUGUAUCAGCGCUCGCUGUGGCGGAUUUCAAUUCCAAAUACUUGUAUGCAUGACAACUACUAUAGUUAUUAUUUCCAAAUAAUAUUUUUACUUAAAAAUCUAGCAAUAUGAU